GUGGCGCAUAGCGGCGGAAGUCCAAAGCUGCUGUGUAAUUGUUCAGUUUAGUCGCCCAAGCAGCGCACUUUCUCAGAUACACGGCGGUUUGUUCUCACCUUAAAUAUGCCGGACUAUUUAGGAGACGACCAAAGGAAGAUCAAAGAGGAGGAAAAGGAAGACUCCCCUAUCAGAGCUCUGGAUGAAGGGGACAUCGCUCUGCUCAAAACAUAUGGUCAAAGCACCUACUCUAGACAGAUCAAACAAGUGGAAGAUGACAUUCAGCAGCUGCUCAAAAAGAUCAACGAGCUGACAGGCAUUAAGGAGUCGGACACCGGCCUGGCUCCACCGGCUCUCUGGGAUCUGGCUGCUGACAAACAGACUCUGCAGAGCGAACAGCCGUUGCAAGUGGCAAGAUGCACGAAGAUCAUCAAUGCAGACUCUGAGGAUCCCAAAUAUAUCAUCAACGUCAAACAGUUUGCCAAGUUUGUGGUGGAUCUCAGCGACCAGGUGGCUCCAACCGACAUUGAGGAGGGCAUGAGAGUUGGAGUUGACCGGAACAAGUAUCAGAUCCACAUCCCUCUGCCUCCUAAGAUCGACCCCACCGUCACCAUGAUGCAGGUGGAGGAGAAACCUGAUGUGACCUACAGUGAUGUUGGUGGAUGUAAGGAACAAAUUGAGAAGCUGAGAGAAGUGGUUGAGACUCCACUGCUCCAUCCUGAGAGGUUUGUCAACCUGGGUAUCGAGCCUCCUAAAGGUGUGCUGCUGUUCGGGCCCCCCGGUACUGGAAAGACCCUGUGUGCUCGAGCCGUGGCUAACCGAACGGACGCCUGCUUCAUCAGAGUCAUCGGCUCUGAGCUGGUGCAGAAAUAUGUGGGAGAGGGGGCCAGGAUGGUGCGUGAGCUGUUUGAGAUGGCCAGGACUAAGAAGGCGUGUCUGAUCUUCUUUGAUGAAAUUGAUGCUAUUGGCGGUGCUCGUUUCGAUGACGGAGCUGGUGGAGACAACGAGGUCCAGAGAACGAUGCUGGAGCUCAUCAACCAGCUGGAUGGCUUCGACCCUCGUGGCAACAUCAAGGUGCUGAUGGCCACCAACAGACCCGACACACUGGACCCGGCCCUGAUGAGACCUGGACGUCUGGACAGGAAGAUCGAGUUCAGCCUGCCUGACCUGGAGGGUCGAACCCACAUCUUUAAGAUCCACGCCCGCUCUAUGAGUGUGGAGAGAGACAUUCGCUUUGAGCUGCUGGCUCGCCUCUGUCCCAACAGCACCGGUGCUGAGAUCCGCAGUGUGUGCACAGAGGCUGGUAUGUUUGCCAUCAGGGCUCGCAGGAAGAUCGCCACAGAGAAGGACUUCCUUGAGGCUGUUAACAAGGUCAUCAAGUCCUACGCCAAGUUCAGCGCCACCCCCAGAUACAUGACCUACAACUGAGAGUGUGUGUGUUUCUGAUUUUUGCUUUUCACUGUCAAGAAAAGAACAGUCACAAAUAUUGUCCUUUUUGUUGUCAUUCUUGUACACUUCAAAAUAAAGUUUAUUCCAGA